AUGCUAUAUUCGGAAUCAGCACGCAAAACUAUACUCGAUGACGAUAAAAUCGAAAAUAUCUCUUUAAACUGUCAAUCAAUAUCAACUUUUAUUGAUGUUCUUCUUGUUCAUGGUUCUGAUAUUUUAACAAAUAUAAAUUUAUUAAAUUUAACAUCUUCUCAAUUGACAACACAACAUUUUUUAAAUCUUUUCGAUCAACAAAAUAUUGAAAUAAAAACUACUAUUGUAUUUGGUCUUAUUAAAUUAUUUCUUAGUUCUCGUCUUGAAGCAAAUAUUGCUUUACUUGAAAUUAUACUUGAUUAUCGUUUUUCAAAUGAAUUAACAUUUGAUCUUGUUUCUCGCUAUCUACCUUUUGUAUCGGAUAAUAGUACAAUAGCUUAUAAAUCAAUCUUAAUUGAAUCAAUGUGUUAUUUUUGUAUUGAGUUACUUUCUUUACCAACUUUACCAAUUGAUAGAUCAAAUGAAGAACAUUCUCAUUAUCAUCUUGCAAUAAAUCUUCUUGAAUCAAUUCAUAAUUCAACUAAUAAUCAUACAUCAUUUAUUAUAAAAUCUUAUUUAAAUACAAUAAAACAUCUUCAAUUUCAAUAUAUGAAAAAAGAAUAA